AUGUCUUUCGUUGCCAGGUCUGUAGUCAGGGGUCUCGCCGCCCGGUCCGCCUUCACAAAUGGCUCGUGGACCGGUGCCUGGGAGGCUCAAGGCAACACCAGAGGCAGCAUCUCUUCCCAGGCCAGGAACGGUGCUGGUCUCCUGGGUACCUUGGAUGCACCACAAUUGCCUCACUGCUUAGGCCAGCCGCCGUGGAACGAUCAGGAUCCCAGCAUGCCCGAUACUGGCGUUACACGAGAAUACGACUUCACCAUCACCUUCCAGGAUAUUGCUCCCGAUGGCGUGACAAAAAGGGGUGUGCUUGUCAAUGGCCAGUUCCCUGGUCCUUUGAUCGAGGCCAACUGGGGUGACUGGAUCCAGGUCACAGUCCACAACGCUCUCGGUAGGGACGAGGGCGAGGGCACUUCUAUGCACUGGCACGGCUUCCUGCAAAAGGAGAGCCAGUGGAUGGAUGGUGUUCCCGGGGUGCAACAGUGCCCCAUCACCCCCGACGACAGCUUUACCUACCGCUUCCGUGCCGAGCAGUAUGGCACUUCAUGGUACCACAGCCACUACAGCGCGCAGUAUGCGGGUGGAGCCGCGGGUCCUCUUGUCGUCUACGGCCCGGACAGUGACGGUUACGAUAUCGAUCUCGGUCCUGUCAUGCUUUCCGACUGGUAUCACGCCCAGUACUACGAUAUCGUGAAGGAGACGAUGAAAGCCGAUCCGACCGGAAAGAACCCUUCGGCCCCGCCGCCAUCCGACAACAACCUGAUCAACGGCUACGGUGAGUUUGACUGUUCCACCACCAACCUGUCCUGCGUUCCCGACGCUGGUGUGGCCAAGUUCAAGUUCACGGCAGGAAAGAAGCAUCGCCUUCGGUUGGUCAAUACUGGGGCCGAGGCUAUGCAGAGGUUCAGCAUCGAUGGGCACACAAUGACUGUCAUUGCGCACGACUUUGUUCCCGUCCAGCCUUUUCAAGUGACUGCUUUGACCCUCGGCGUCGGACAGCGAGCAGAUGUCAUCGUCGAAGCUACCGGAAAACCGUCAGAGGGCUACUGGAUGCGUUCAGACAUUGGGCUCGACCGCUGCAAUGCCUUCAACCCCGCGGCGUCGGAAGCGCUUGCUGUCGUCCUCUACGACGAUGCUGAUCCCGACAUGGUGCCCGCUUCGACGGCCCAGCCUGAUGCGAAGCUGGAGAUUUGCAAGAACGACGAUAUUUCGCUUGGCCUCCCGCUGCACCCCGUGAUGCCCGAUCUCAACCCGUCGGUGACUACGGAGCUCCGCAUCACCAACGAAUGGAACGGGACGCACUGGCUGUGGCACUUUGGCGGCCCGUCGUACCGCGCCGACUUCAACGACGCUCUUCUCUACCAGAUCCAGCAGGGCAACGCCGAGUUUGGACCUCAGAGCAACGUGCACGACUUUGGAACCAACAAGUCGGUCCGGUUCGUCAUUUACAACGACUCGCCCGCGCAGCAUCCCAUGCACAUGCACGGCCACAACUUCUGGGUUCUCGCCGACGGAGUGGGCACGUGGGACGGUACCAUAUCCAACCCGAGCAGCCCUCAGUUCCGCGACGUGCACAUACUGCAGCCGGGGUCGACGGACAGCCCAUCGUACAUGGUGAUCCAGAUAGAGCUCGACAACCCCGGGCUGUGGCCAUUCCACUGCCACAUCGCCUGGCACGUCUCGGCCGGGCUCUACCUCAACAUCCUUGAGCAACCUGAUGACAUCAAGAAGCUUGCGAUUCCAUCCUCAUUUGGCGAUCAGUGUAAGGUCUGGGGAGACUACACUGCCACCAACCUGGUUGACCAGAUCGACUCGGGGCUGAAGAAGAAGGCCACGAAGUCGGGUCUGCAGAGGAAGGCCAUGUAUUUCUGA